GCGGAGGCCUGUGCGCGCCAAGGCGGGUCCGCUCCCAAAGCUGUCUGGGUAAAGGCCCAAGAUGGCUUCCCUUGCUGUCAGGCCCGUGUGAGAGCCGACUGAGACAAAUGUCCUUUGUCUAGUCUUUGAAGUCCACGCCUGGCCCCCAUUUCCCUGGCUGGUUUGGUGCCCUGUUGAGGUGGACAGGCGCUAGAGUAAUGGCAGGGAGUCUCCCUUGGGUGGCAAGUAGGAGGCUAUGGGGCUUGAUGCCCUUGGCGUGCAGAAGCUUCUCUCAGGGUGUUUCACUGCUGGCCCGUGUAAGACUUACCCUCCCACCCCCCAGAGAGGUCGAUCGCUGGAACGAGAAGAGGGCUCUGUUUGGUGUAUAUGACAACAUCGGGAUCCUGGGGAAUUUCGAAAAGCACCCGAAAGAACUAAUCAAGGGCCCAGUAUGGCUUCGAGGCUGGAGAGGAAAUGAAUUACAGCGUUGUAUCCGAAAGAAGAAAAUGGUUGGAAGCAGAAUGUUCACCGAGGACCUGCACAACCUUAACAAACGGAUCAACUAUCUCUACAAACACUUUAACAGGCAUGGGAAGUACCGCUAGGACAGAGAACUGGGGACUCCGGAAGAGACACACUUGUUGCCCUGGGGAAGGGGAACAGGACUUAUCCCUUUGAGGAGAGAGCUCAGUGUAAUAAAGUGAGCCUUUUUGGAAUGU